AUGGCACCAAUGGCCGAUAGGAUUAGCGAGUUGCCAAAUGAACUUUUGUUUCUUAUUCUCUCGUUUCUUCCUACCGAAGAUAUCAUUGCCACAAGUCUUGUUUCAAAGAGGUGGAGGUCACUUUGGCUUUCAGUCCUCACCCUCGAUUUCGAUGAGGACAGAUACUUCAAACGGCAUCCUGACAAACAAGAUUACGAACAACAGAGGCGCUGCUUUAUUGAUUUUGUACGCGCAACCCUUCAGGCACGAGGUUCGAACCAACCUAUCAAAGGGUUUCGCCUCUUGACAUGUGAAGAUUUUCACGAACACUAUGUGAAAACAGUAUUGCAUAAUGUUACAUCACAAGAAAGGUCUAUACAAAAGUUUGAAUAG